AUGGCAGCCCACAACGAGGACCUCAUAAACGAUGACGAAUAUGAUUCGUUUGAAGACGAAACAUAUGGCUCCAUGUCGGAUGAUGCGAGCAGCUACAUGACCUCUAUCUUAACGCACAUCCGCAACGGCAUUGAGGAAAAUGGCCGGCAGUACCCCGCUUACGGCAGAAACAUGUACGGCCUCCCCGUUGACGAAAGGGAGCAGGAGCGCAACAACAUUCAGCACAUCAAAUUUCGCCUCAUCAUCGGCAAGGUAUUACACCGAGCGCCGAUGCCCUCCGAACCGAUGAGGAUAUUGGAUCUAGGCACUGGGUCGGGUAUUUGGGCGAUAGAAGCAGCCGACAAGUACGAAACCGCUCUGGUGACGGGCGUCGACAUCGCGCCCGUGCAGCCCGAGUGGGUGCCCCCGAACUGCCAAUUCGAGAUACAGGAUAUUGAGGACGAGUGGCUUUUUCCCACCACCGACUUCGACUUUAUACAUGCUCGCGAGCUCAUUAUGGCCGUUCGCGACUGGGACAGGCUGUUCCGCCAGGCAUUCGACCACCUCCGGCCAGGUGCAUACAUGGAAGUCGGGGGCACGUAUCCGACACCUACCUCGGGCGACGGCACCCUGCCGGCAGACUCGCACCUGAAGGAAGUCGAAAGACUGUUCUUCGAGAUGGCCGAUGCCAUGGGCACGCCGUUGAACGCACCGACGCUGUGGAGAGCGCAGAUGGAGCGCGCCGGCUUCGUCGACGUCACAGAGUCCAUUUACAAGGUUCCCCAGGGCAUCUGGCCGAAAGAUGCCCGGCUCAAGGAGAUCGGCGCCUACGAGAACUACAGCCUCAGGAAUGGGCUGGACGCCUACUUGCUCCGCGGAUACACCACCAUGCUGGGAGGGAACCCUGACGAACUGCAAAUUCUGAUCGCCGAGACGAAACGCGAAUUGCGAAAUCCAAGAAUGCACAGUUAUAUAUUCUAUUACAAUGUCUACGGGCGGAAGCCUGGCCUAGAAGAGUCUUGA